UCAUUCUUGGUCAUACUUCCCGAUCGGUUCGCUGCUAACGACGUCCCAACUCAAAGCUCACUACUCGUGUGGAUCUGCCGUUGGACUGAGAUACCUCGAAAGACCUGCCGUUCUGGCCUGAAGCGUGCCCGACUUCGGGAAGGCGUCCCGCUGUGUUGAUUGGAUCUUGAUCCUGGUGCUCUCUCUCAUCCUCUCUGAGGCGACGCAGUGUGGGCACUCUUGCACCCAUGGGCCUCGUUCAACGAGUGAGGAAAUGGUUGCCCUCAACACCGAGUCUACCCCUAGAAGACUCGUCCUACGAAAAAGGACGCAAAUUUCCCAGAUUUGCAUUUUUUAGCCGCAGGAUACGGUUGAAGGGCAACUCUUCGAUUUCCAUACCCCUGGGUUUUGUCUUACUAUUCCCCUGCGUUGUAAUAGUUCUCAUCUUACUACUCUUCGUUCGACAUCCUUCCGCUCCUGGUGGUAUCCUCAUCCCUGCAGGCACACCGCCAUCUAUCAGGAAAAUAAGCGAGAAAUAUGACAAGGUCUUCGCAACCGGUUGCCUUCCGAUUGAGAAGACUGACGGCCCAAGGGCCAAUGCCGCAUUUGUUGUCCUCGCGAGGAACAAAGAAAUAGAUGGUGUCAUUCAGUCGCUCAAGUCAAUUGAACGGCACUUCAAUCGCUGGUACCAUUAUCCUUAUGUUUUCUUGAAUGACGCCGAUUUCGACGAUGCCUUCAUGGACACCGUCAAGAAUUACACAAGCGCUCCUGUGGAAUUUGGAAGGAUUGAUGACACUAUGUGGGGUUAUCCAAAUUGGGUUGACCAUGAGGUCGCCAAGGAAGGCAUCCGGAAGCAGGGUGAUGCCGCCAUUAUGUACGGAGGCAUGGAGAGUUAUCAUCAUAUGUGCAGGUUCUACUCAGGGUUCUUCUAUAAACAUCCGCUCCUCAUGAAGUAUGAAUGGUACUGGCGUCUUGAGCCCGAGAUCAAGUACUUCUGUGACAUUACAUACGAUCCUUUUAUCAAAAUGAUUGAGGCCAACAAGACAUACGGUUUCACAAUUGCCGUCAAGGAACUUCGCGAGACUGUUCCAAACAUCUUCCGAUACGCCUCUGCUUACAUGCGGAAGAACAAUAUCAAGUCCCAGGGGCUAUGGGAAAUGUUCCUCGAGCCCCGUGAAGAACCAAAGCCCGAAGAGCAACCAGAAAAGCUUCCCGAAGAGAUUCUCAUUGCUGAACCCGGCGAGAAUAAUCUUCCUGAGGUAGACCCCGAGGCGAUGGAAGGGGAGAGCUACAAUAUGUGCCAUUUCUGGAGUAAUUUCGAGAUCGCACGCUUAGACUGGUUCCGGAGCAAAGAAUACGAGGAAUUCUUCGAUAUGAUGGACAAGAGCGGAGGUUUCUGGAUGGAACGAUGGGGUGAUGCGCCUAUUCACUCGCUCGCUGCUGGAGCUCUCCUGUCCCCCAGUGAUAUUCACUACUUCCGCGACUUCGGUUAUCGACAUACUACCAUCCAGCACUGCCCUGCCAACGCUCCCGCGCGACAAUUGCCCCGCAUUCCUUGGCUAGAAACAACAACCUUGGAUGAGAAGGAGCGUAUUGAAGAGGAUGAAUAUUGGGCAAACCCUGACCCUGUGAAGGAAAAUGGCGUUGGUUGUAGGUGCAGGUGUGAUACUGAUAUUGUUGAUGUCGAAGGCAAGCAAGGAAGUUGUCUGGCGGAAUGGGUGGAUGUUGCUGGAGGAUGGGCAUCUCCAUAAACUUGAGCUGCCCCCUAAUAUUCGUUGUAUAAUCUUGACCUCCUCAUUUCCGUACCUACUUGUUCGACGAUGAGCAUUACUCGGGUCGUCC